AUGGCCGAAGCGAAGCAAGAUGACACGGCGGAAAGGGCUAGCAAUGCCGAUCAAACGGAUGAUAUGGACGUUGCAGCAGCGAUGGGCUUUGGAUCUUUUGGUACCAAGCCCCAUCUAGAGAAGAAACGCAAGCUUGACGACUCGUCCAAUGAAGCCAACUCUGAGGCGCCAAAGACAUCUCCAGGAGUCGCACCCUCCACCCAGGAAUUCAAGCCAGCUUAUCACGCACUACCAAAACGGCCGGCUCUUCAACAACCAAAUAUGAAGGCCUCACAACCACAUGAACCUACAGGUCUUCGAGAAAAUACGGUAGUCCAACGCGUGCCUGACAUGGUCACCCAGGAUCAAGCAUUCGACCAAAGAGCCUUCGGCCAGCCACAUCAUCAAUACGGCAGAUCAUCAAAAUAUGGAAGGUUCGAGGACGGAGAAUUGGACUUGCCAGCUUUGAGACGAGGCGUGAAAAUGGAAAAUGGGGAUAUUGCAUACUAUGACCCUAGUUUCAUUGAAGACCCGUGGGCGAGGUUGAGGGCAAAGAGCCAGGAUACAAACAAACCAUGA